AUAUGGAUCAGAAGCCCGGGCAAACAGCCGAGGCCUAUCUGGCCCGGAUGACGGCUUUGUUUACUGAAGCCAAGAAACGGGCAGAUGAGGUAGCAUCCGCAGAGAAGAAGAAGGCAAAGGACGCCAAGGAGGCACGUCUGUUGGCAAUCGAACAGCAGCGCCAGCAAGACGAGGCAGCAGCAAAGGCUGCCGAUGAAGAACGAAAUCAACAACGUGAGAAGAUAUUCAAUGGAGAGCGAGCUUUGCUCACAAUGGCAGCGGACUGGCGAGCCGAGGCCGAGAAUGGUAAGAUGGAAGAGAGUGAAAGCAAGAUCGCUCUACUCAUUUUCCAUUUCAUGGAUCUCCUGGGAACGUGCAUUGCACAGCAGGAGGACAUCCACAGCCUCGACGACGCGGAUCAGACGCACAACCAGGCGUUAACUCAACUCAACAGCCGCCUCCAGCAGUUGGAGCAACGACCCGUCGCCGCCCCCGAUGCCAGCUCCUCCAAUACCUUCAAUCGCCUCAAUACACUGGAGAUCGACGUCGGAGCUCUCAAGGACGACACGCAGCCACAGCAAACCGCCACGCAACAACUGGAGCAGCGGAUCUGUGCCGCCGCUGCCAACCCGAGUUUGGCACCGCAUGAGACGACUCCAACGGUUCGAUGAUCAUGAAGAUCUUCUGCGAUUCGACGAAGACGGACCCGA